AUGCCCAGACCCGCAUCAUCGUCUUCCUCGCCGCCGAUCCUGCCCAAAGAGGCUGCUGCAUAUCCCAAUUGGCAACAAGCUAUGCGCUCUGAACUUGAGGCCUUAACGUCCAACAACACAUGGACGCUCACUCCUUUGCCCCCCGUCAAACAACCCAUUGGUUGUAAAUGGGUUUACAAAAUCAAGCACCGUUCUGAAGGUUCCAUCGAACGCUAUAAGGCUCGCCUCGUGGCCAAAGGAUAUACUCAAACUGAGGGGAUUGAUUAUCAUGAUACUUUCUCACCUACGGCCAAGAUGAUUAUUGUACGUUGUUUGCUUGCUAUCGCCGCUGCUCAAAAUUGGUCCCUUAGCCAGUUAGAUGUUAACAAUGCUUUUCUUCAUGGGGACCUCCAUGAAGAAAUUUACAUGUCACCUUCUCCUAGUCUCCGGCGACAGGGGGAGAAUCUUGUGUGUCGCCUCAACAAAUCACUCUAUGGGCUCAAGCAUGCAUCUAGGCAAUGGUUUGCCAAAUUCACUAAAGCUAUUCUAGCUGAUGGGUUUAUCCAAUCCAAGGCAAUCUCAUCGCUUAAGCAAUUUCUACAAUCACGAUUCAAAAUAAAGGACCUUGGAGAUCUCAAGUAUUUUUUAGGGAUUGAAGUUUCCCGUUCAAAACAAGGCAUAUGUAUUUCACAAAGAAAAUACACCCUUGACAUACUCAAAGACAGUGGCAUUUUGGGAGCAAAACCGGUAGCCUUUCCCAUGGAACAGGGCACCAAACUUUCUGAUGCAGGUGAUCUACUCAAAGAUCCAUCUCAGUUUAGAAGAUUGGUAGGGCGUCUGAUAUAUCUCACUAUCACACGGCCUGACAUCACAUAUGCAGUACAUGUGCUUAGUCGAUUUAUGCAUGCACCCCGAAUGCCGCAUAUGGAGGCGGCUCUUAGAAUACUCAAGUAUCUUAAAAAUGCACCAGGGCAAGGUCUAUUUUUUUCAGCUGGAAAUUACUUGAAGUUACAUGCUUAUUGUGAUUCUGAUUGGGCGGGGUGUCCUAUGACGAGGAGAUCCACGACUGGUUAUUGCGUAUUUCUUGGGAAUUUAUUAAUUUCUUGGAGGACUAAGAGACAAAAAACUGUCUCAUUAUCUUUUGCAGAGGCAGAAUAUUGA